GCCUUUCAUUACAGAUGGAUAUCUCGUGUCCCCGUGCCUACUCACAUUUUCUAAGCAAACAACAUUAACUUCCAUUGUAAACCCUUUCACCAAACUCCCUUUUAAACAUCAAAACCAUCUUUCCCACUCUCAAAAUUCCAUAUAAUCACAACUUUUUAUUUUCUGUAAUCAUACAUUCAACAAUGGCAUCCAUGCCUUGCUCUUCAAAUCUCACUUCCCCACUUUUCGAUUUCUCUAAAUCCAACCGAACCCAUCAACCGUCUUGCCUCUCUCUUCCCUCUUGUUCUACAGUUACUUCCAUUAAAUCGUUGUUAGCGUCAUCAAAUUCAGGGUUUUUCCAACAUGGGUUUGCUCUAAAAGCUGGGAUUUCCUCUGGGGUUUCGUCGAAUUCUCGAUCUCAAUUUGGGGUUUUUGCUGCAGCCACCACAGGAAAGAGUAUCUAUGAUUUUACUGUAAAGGAUAUUGAUCGAAAGGAGGUUCCUCUUUCCAAAUACAAGGGAAAGGUUUUGUUAAUCGUUAAUGUUGCAUCACAAUGUGGUUUGACGACAUCAAACUACUCAGAGCUCUCUCAAAUCUAUAGCAAGUACAAAGAUCAAGGACUUGAAAUCCUGGCAUUUCCCUGCAAUCAGUUUGGGUUCCAAGAACCUGGUUCAAAUGAUCAGAUUAAACAAUUUGCUUGCACAAGGUUCAAAGCAGAGUUCCCAAUUUUUGAUAAGGUUGAUGUAAAUGGGCCAUUCACAGCCCCAAUUUAUCAGUUUCUCAAAUCAAGCACAGGAGGAUUAUUAGGCGAUUUGGUGAAGUGGAAUUUUGAGAAGUUUUUAGUAGAUAAAUCUGGAAAAGUCGUUGAAAGAUACCUUCCUACUACUUCCCCUCUUCAGAUUGAGAAGGACAUACAGAAGCUUGUUGCAGCAUAAUAUGAUUACAUACUCACAAUCAUGGAUACCAAGUCUUUAUAGUUUUCGUGUAAUAUUUUGCAUCUAACAUCGUGUUAUUUGUACCUUUAUUGUUGUCAUGAAGAACAAAUAGUGUCUAUAUCGGAAAUCCGUGGAUUCAUUAUACUUGUAUUUAUCUAAAUAUAUCUACAGUUAAUGUACUUGUUAUCAUGUUAUAUAUUUUUUUGUCCUACAACA